AAUUUGGACCGCUGAAAGAGAAAUAGGCGCGAUGAAGGCGAUGGCGGGCAAGGCAGCGCUCGCGGACGUCAAGCUCCACGUGCUCAACGGCAGCCUCGACCCGUUCGAGCAAAAGUACGGCUACAACUACGACUACGUGUUUGUCUUCAAGGUCCACGACGAGACGCACAAGCUCACGGAGAUCCAGACGACGUACUCGAUGCGCCUGAUCCUCCAGCGGCUCGCAGGCGCCGGCCUCGAGACGCGCAUGUUUUACUCGACAACGCGCGACCUCGUUUUCUGCAAGAUCCGCGCGUCGUACGAGCGCCUCUGCAAGGAGGCCGACCGCAUCGACCUCAAGCUCGAGUUUGAUCCGCUCGAGCUCAAGGCCGUCGCGGAGGCCGGGUACCCGGACAAGGGCGUUGCGCCGAUCCACAUUAGCGAAGAGCACGCACACACGGACCGCAGUCCGUUCCAAAACAUCUUUGGCAAAUACGACAUGGACGAUCGGCUCCAGCGCGUGUACAAAAAAUACGGACCCGCCGGGAAGCAGAUCCCGUUCCGCGGCGUCGACCGCAUCAAGCUCAUCAAUUCGAUCAUUGCGGCGCACCUCUACGACGGCGGAUGCGCGCUCAACACCAAGAUGCUCGAGAUGAAGGAGUGCCUCGUCACGAGCUUCCCGCUCCACGACUUUGACGAGCGCGACAAGCUCAACGCCAAGUGGAUCCGCUGGUCGAGUGCGCCGUGGAACCAGCCGUACAGCGACAUCAAGGACUACUACGGUGAAAAAGUCGGCCUCUACUUCGUCUGGCUCGGCCAUUACACGACGUGGCUCAUUGCGCCGUCGAUCGUCGGUGCCGUCAUGCUGGCCGACAUCAUCAUGGAAGGCACGGUCGACGCGCGCCUGCUUGGCGUCUUUGGCCUCUUCAUGGCGCUCUGGGGCACGUUCUACCUCGAGUACUGGAAGCGCCGGAACGCAGUCAUUCGUCUCGAGUGGGGCAUGGAUGGGUUCGAAGAAGAGGAGAAGGACCGCGCCGAAUUCGAAGGCGAAGAGAUCGAGUCGCCGAUCGACGGCAGCAAGAUGCGCUACUUUAGCCCCGAAGUGCGCACGAAGCGCGUGCUCGCGUCAUUGCUGUUGAUUUUCGCGCUCAUUUUGCUUGUGAUCGGCGCUGUCGCGUCCAUUUUUGUGUUUCGGAUCUUUGCCGAGCGCGGCCGUCCGCUAUAUGAGUACACGACGCUCCGAAUGAACGGCAAGGACGUGCCGCUUGCGUCCCCGAUUGCAUCGACGCUCAACGCUAUUCAGAUUCAGGUCAUGAACGGCAUCUACACGACGAUCGCGGUGCGCCUCAACAACUAUGAAAACCACCGCACCGACACCGAGUACGAAGACAACUUGAUCGCCAAGACGUUCCUCUUUCAGUUUGUCAACUCGUACGCGAGUCUGUUUUACAUCGCCUUUAUCAAGAGCGCCGUCGACGAGUGCACGGACCCCAAGGCGGGCGGCUGCAUCUACGACCUCAUGGUCGCGCUUGGCAUCAUUUUCUGCCUUCGUCUCACGUCGGGCAACUUUUUCGAAGCCGUGCUGCCGUACCUCAAGCGCCGGCUGCGUGGCAAGUGCUCCAAGCCGGCGACGCCCGACGACGGCGAGACGCGCGCCAUGUCGAUCGUCGAAGAGCAAAUGACUCUUGGCGUCUACGACGACAUGGGUGUCUUUGGCGACUACAACGAGAUGAUCAUCCAAUAUGGGUACAUUACGCUCUUUGUGAUUUCGUUUCCGCUCGCGCCGUUCCUCGCGCUGCUCAACAACUACUUUGAGAUUCGGAUUGACGCGUUCAAGCUCGCCAAAGAGUCGCGCCGCCCUGAUCCCAAGGGUGCCGAAGACAUUGGCACGUGGAUGACGAUCCUCGAAAUCAUGAGCACGAUCGCCGUCGUCACCAACGUGGCGGCCGUGGUCUUUACGUCCAAUACGACGUUCAGCGGCGUCUCGGGGGACAUCAAGAUGCUCGCGUUUGUGGGCCUCGAGCACGGCGUAUUGCUCGUCAAGUUCUUUCUCGCCCUUCUUGUCGAGGACGUGCCCGAAGACGUCCAGUUGCAGCUCGAUCGCUCCAAGUUCCUCGUCAGCAAGAUUGUCUACCAGAUCCAAGACGACGACGACGACGACCUUGUCAAGGGCAACAAGAUCAAGGUCGACUUGACCGUCUACGACGACGACGAGUAAGCGCUUCUCGUGCACUACCCUAAGCCCUCGUUCACGCCGUGGGUGUUAAAUACAUUCCAUUUUGCAGCGUGCGCCGA